AUGGCUCCAGUCCAUCAUUCCAGUUGCUCCAGUCUGACUACGCCAGUAGGUUAGGUCGAAAGUUGUGACCGUGUCCAAGAGACAGGCUCGCUCUUUCUCUCUCGCAUUCAAAAUCGUGAAAUCAUGCUCGAUCUUUUUACAAUAUUCAGCAAGGGUGGCAUAGUGCUCUGGUGCUUCCAGAGCACAUCUCAGAUUUUCGCGCCCAGCGUCAAUGCCUUGAUAAGAAGUGUUAUAUUGCAAGAACGUACAGGGAAUCACAGCUUUGAGCAUGACUCCUUGCGACUACAAUAUAAACUCGACAAUGAGUUUGAGCUGGUAUUUGUAGUGGCAUAUCAGAAGAUACUACAGUUAUCUUACGUGGAUAAAUUCCUGAAUGACAUCCAUCUAGAGUUUAGGGAUUGCUUCAAGAAUGAGCUUGAACACUCAAGCUGGUUCUACAACUUCGAGUUCGAACAUGCUUAUCGUACGGUGCUUGAACGAGCUGAACACUGGUCACGUUCACAGGCUAAGAUACCGAAGCAAAUGCGUACUUUUGACGAGAGUCAAAAGUCCAAAAAGACUGUCGCUAGCAUGAUUGAGAGGAAAAACGAUAAAGACGAUAAGAAACCAGGUAAAAAGAAGAAAGCAAAUAACUGUAAUGGGGAUUAUCAUACAAAAAUUCAAGAUGCUCCGAAACAAGAAUUACCGAAACAUCAAGUGGAACAUAAUGGAGAACUUGACGAAGAAACGCUGAUCGCCAAUCGUAUGAAACUUGCUCAGAAAAUGGCAGGACAAAAGAAGAAAGCUGACAAACAUACAGCUCUAGUUGGACAGAUGAAAGGUAGCAUACGCGAUCUCGAGGUGAACAGCGAAUCUGAGGAUAGUUCCGAUCAGGAAGAGAUAGAGCAAUCCAAGCAGCAAGUGCAAAAGAAAACGAGUAUGUUCUCUAUGUUCAAGAGUCUAGUCGGCAGCAAAUCUCUAAAGCAAGAAGAUAUGUUGCCAGUUUUGGAGAAACUGAAGGAUCAUCUAAUCACUAAAAAUGUUGCUGCGGACAUUGCGCAGAAGUUAUGCGAUUCUGUCGGCACAAAGUUGGAAGGAAAGAUACUCGGCACCUUUGAUAGUGUGGCAAACACUGUGAAAGCCACUUUAACAGAUGCUUUAGUACAGAUAUUAUCGCCCAAAAGGAGAAUCGAUAUUCUACGAGACGCUUUAGAAGCUAAGAACAGCAACAGGCCUUAUGUGAUGACUUUUUGUGGCGUCAAUGGAGUCGGCAAGUCGACAAAUCUGGCAAAAAUCUGUUUCUGGUUAAUAGAAAACAAUUUCCGUGUGUUAAUAGCCGCAUGCGAUACAUUCAGAGCUGGAGCUGUUGAACAACUGAGAACUCACAUGCGUCAUUUGAAUGCUCUGCAUCCACCAGAAAAGCACGGGAAUCAGUCCAUGGUGCAGCUGUAUGAGAAAGGUUACGGUAAAGAUGCCGCAGGUAUUGCCAUGGAGGCGAUACGCUUUGCGAAGGAUUCUAGAAUUGAUGUUGUCCUGGUUGACACUGCUGGUAGAAUGCAAGAUAAUGAACCAUUGAUGCGAGCUCUGGCAAAGCUAAUUAAAGUUAACGAGCCGGACUUGGUAUUAUUUGUGGGGGAAGCUCUCGUCGGGAAUGAGGCUGUGGAUCAGCUGGUGAAAUUCAAUCAAGCUUUGGCUGACUACAGUCAAUCUGCCAAUCCUCAUAUGAUCGACGGUAUCGUGUUGACAAAAUUUGAUACUAUCGAUGAUAAAGUUGGCGCAGCUAUUACAAUGACAUACAUUACUGGUCAACCUAUUGUUUUUGUUGGAACUGGCCAAACUUACACUGACCUGAAAUCAUUGAAUGCCAAAGCGGUGGUACACGCUUUAAUGAAAUGAAAAAUGACAAGCAAUAAUAAACUUUUAUAUUGCAGGCAUUCUACCUGCAAUAUGUAGAUUUCAUUUAAACUUUAUUAUACAUUGAUGUUACAGUUGAAGUUUUGUAUUAUGUUCAGAACUAGUUUGUUGUUUGGCCAAACUAUCAAAUGAUGACUAAAAAGGGAAAAUUGGGAACGGAUACUGUAAUCUGUUAAAUAAAUAUGAAAACCGACGAUGAAUCAAAGACGACGAAUCAUGCUGUUGUUACGAAAA